AUGGCGCUCGACCCCGCAGAGCCGCAUCUCAGACGAGUCGAAAAAGAUGUUUUGAUCCCUAAAAUAAUGAGAGAAAAGGCCCGAGAGAGAUGUUCUGAACAAGUUCAAGAUUUCACUAAAUGUUGCAAGGACUCUGGAAUCCUUGAGGUAGUAAAAUGCCAGAAAGAAAAUUCUGCAUUGAAAGAAUGUCUAACUGCUUACUAUAAUGAUCCAGACUUUCAUGAAGAAUGCAAAAUGGAAUACCUGAAGGAAAGGGAAGAAUUCAGAAAAACUGGAAUUCCUACCAAGAAAAGGCUGAGGAAGAGUCCCACAAGCAUGUAGGCAAAUAUUCAAAUGAUACUC